AUGUUCAACUGGGCGAAGAAUGCCGUGGGCAUCACAGAACCCAUCUAUGGCCCGUCCGCCAUCCAAAGCGUCGCCAACCAAAUUCCCCCUUACACCGAGGUGCAGAAACAAGAUCUAGCAUGGGAAGUCAUGGACACCACGAACGUCGAAACGAAGACCUUCUACAUGACCUCCGACUCAGGGCACCUCGGCCUCGCCCAAAUAAUCUACAGUAACGUCCUCGGUGUAAGAACAACGGCACAAUUCAACAGCAAGAUCUACUAUCCCAAGGAAGCCGGGAAGGAGCAUCUCUGGGCGAGCGACAAUCUGGCGAAUUUUGAGUUCUCGAAGGAUAAGCAGAAUUUCAAGACCAAGAAUGGGGAUGUGGUUAUGAAUCUUAGCGAGGAUGGAACGAGCUAUACGAUCAAGAGCACGAUCAAUCGAGGUAGUGUCGUGGAUUUGAAAUUCACGCAGGCGGCGCCGGGUUUCAUGGCAGGGAAGAAUGGUACCACGAACUAUGGAACCGAUGCUCAGAAGCCUUGGGGUAGAAUGGUGCAUAAAUUCUGGCCGAGAUGUAAGGUCGAGGGCAGCAUAAUGACACAAUCUGGGCCUGUGGAUUUCACUGGUAGAGGAGUGUUUAUUCAUGCGUUGCAAGGAAUGAAACCGCAUUUCGCGGCCGCGAGGUGGAAUUUCGCAAACUUUCAAUCACCCUCUUACUCGGCGAUUUUAAUGGAAUUCACCACGCCUAAAUCCUACGGCGAGACGGUGGUAGCGGUGGGUGGGAUCGCGACAGAUGGGAAGAUCUUGAUGGCUGGUGGGAGUCCGAAUAUCAAAGCGACACAUACGGAUGUCAAGGGUGAUCCAGACAAUGAUUGGCCGGAACCGGGUAAGGCGAAGUUCGAAUGGAAGGGCGAGGGGACAGAGGCGGUGCUUGAAGGGAGCAUCUUGCCGAGAGUGGAUCGGGUGGAUGUUAUGGGGGAGUUGCCGAAGUUUGUGAAGCAGAUUGCUACGCAGGCUAGUGGGACGAAGCCUUAUAUUUAUCAGUACACGCCCAAGCUCACCCUCGAGAUUAAUGGGCAGAAGGAGGAAGGACAAUUGUUCAUGGAGGCUACCUUCAUCUCCUAG